CCGAACUGAUUGUUAUUUAUCACUCGCCCAAAAUGGCUACGUCCAUUGAUGGAAUUCUGCCUGGAAAACUAGCAAGUUCUGUGUCGAAUUCCAAAAUUUUGGUGGUAGGGGCCGGUGGAAUAGGAUGUGAGCUUCUCAAGAAUUUGGUUUUAACUGGCUUUAGGACCAUUGUGGUGAUUGAUUUAGAUACCAUUGAUGUCAGCAAUCUCAACCGGCAGUUUCUGUUCCAGAGGAAGCAUGUUGGCAAAUCAAAAGCUCAGGUUGCAAAAGAGAGUGUGUUGACAUUCAAUCCUGAUGUCUCAAUUGAAGCUAAGCAUGACAGUGUAAUGAACCCAGAAUACAACCGUGAUUUUUUCAAGCAGUUCACCUUGGUGCUUAAUGCUUUAGAUAACAGAGCUGCUAGGAAUCAUGUUAACCGGAUGUGUCUUGCAGCUGAUGUACCACUGGUGGAAAGUGGCAGUGCUGGUUAUCUCGGUCAGGUGACUGUCAUCAAAAAGGGUCUAACCGAAUGCUACGAAUGCCAACCAGCUCCACCCCAGAAAUCCUUCCCAGGAUGCACUAUACGAAACACUCCAUCUGAACCUAUACACUGCAUCGUAUGGGGAAAGCAUUUAUUCAAUCAGCUGUUUGGAGAGGAAGAUCCAGAUCAAGAUGUAUCACCUGACACUGCUGAUCCUGAGGCAGCAGGAGACGCAGGUCAGCAAGCAGUGGAUCAUAUCCCAACUAUGGAUCAUGGUAAUGUCAUGAGAGAAUCAACCAGGACUUGGGCUCAGGAAUGUCACUUCAAUGCUGAGAAACUUUUCAGAAAGUUUUUCCAUGAGGAUAUCAAGUAUCUUCUGUCAAUGGAGAAAUUAUGGAAGAAGAGGAGAGCCCCUACCCCUCUCGACUGGAAUCAUUUGCCAGACACCGGAGAGUUGAGCAACACUAAGGGUAACUUACUGAAGGACCAAAGACAGUGGAAUCUGCAGAAUUGUGUGAGAGUGUUUGCAGAGAGUCUAGCUGAUCUACACCUUCAAAGUAAGGACAGAGGAGAGCUUGUAUGGGACAAGGAUGACCCAGCUGCAAUGGACUUUGUAGCAUCUACUGCUAACAUCAGAUCACAUAUUUUUGGUAUUCCUAUGAAAACAAGAUUUGAUAUAAAAUCAAUGGCAGGUAACAUCAUUCCAGCUAUAGCUACAACCAAUGCUGUCAUCGCAGGACUCAUUGUGAUUGAAGCACUCAAAGUUCUCUCAAACAACAUGGACAAAUGUAAAACGGUGUACAUGACUCGGUUUCCUAAUUUCCGGAAGAAGCUGUUAGUCCCAUGUGUGUUGAUACCACCCAAUCCUAACUGCUAUGUAUGUGCAGAUAAACCUGAGGUGACCAUUAAACUGAACACAAACUCAACAACAGUCAGAGUAUUGCAAGAUAAGAUAUUGAAGUCUGCUUUGGGAAUGAUUGCCCCUGAUGUAGAAAUCCAAGAUGGCAAAGGAACCAUUAUUAUUUCUAGUGAGGAAGGAGAGACAGAAGAUAACAUGUACAAAAUGCUGAGUGAAUUCAAGAUUAUCGGUGGAAGUCGCCUGAAAGCUGAUGAUUUCCUUCAAAACUAUGAGCUUGUCAUCAAUAUCCAAUAUGAAGAAGCUCUUGAGGAAGAGGCUGAGUUUGAGGUUGUUGGUAAGCUACCUGUUAUUCACAAGGAGGCAGAAGCAAAGUCUGAUCAGAAGGACAACCAAUCAGUAGCACAGGCUGAAUCCCAUGACCAAGUAUCAUCAACCAAUGGCAAUGAAGAAGUGGCUGGCCCUUCUCAAGAGAGCACAAACAACGUAGAGGAUGAUGAUGACGACUUCAUGAUUAUAGAGGACGAGGAUGAAGAAGAAGUAAUUGUUGAGGAAGAAAAGAUGGAGAUACAUAGUGAUGGUGAUUCUAGGAAGAGGAAGUUAUCUGAGGAUGUUGUAUCUACCACUGGAGAUGAUACACCUUUCAUCAAGAAACCUAAAAUAACCAAUCAGGAAUCGGCUGAAUGUGAAGACAUUGUCAUGCUAGAUGACUAAAGCUACACUCAUAAUGCUCUAGGGCAUUUCACACGGUAUUGCUCGUGUGUUAUCUACCUUUUAACAUCAAGUUUCAAAUGAAAAUGGCACAUAAUCAUUAUAACAUUGAUUUUGUUUACGUUAGUCUAACACUACAGUUGGAAAUAUGUAGUUACUAAAAAUGAAUGUAAACUAAUUCUUUUUGUAAUUUUUUUUGUAGGGCAGUUUUUCUUCUUCUUAAGAUUUAUCAGAUAAAACAAAUGAUAAAUUCAAUAUACUCUGUAUAAACGUUUCUAAUACAGCUUAGGCUCCUAAGAGAGAUUUUACACAAAAUCACAUUUUUGAUAUUCUGUUUUUAUGUGACUCUGAUUUAAAAACAUGCAAGAAGGCAUGUGAUAUUGAAAAUUUACUAUACUUACCCCCCCCCCCCCCCCUCAAAAUAAAGAACAGAAAAAAGGGAUCAUUGAGCUGAGAUUGUCAAGUCAAGAGUAUGAGAAGAGCUUGUGAUUUAUUUAAAAACUUAAAAUUGUAAUGCACUCAUGAUAAAUACUUUUUAUUGUAUUAUUUAGCAAACUUUUUUUGGAGGGGGGGGGGGGUGGUAGUUUAGGUCAUUAUUUAUAUAACUCUAGUAUGUCAUAAAUCAUGCUUUAAUUAAAAGCAAAAUCUUCAGAUAAAAUCAUAACUUUUAUCAUGAUUUAUAGUUUGAAUAAAUAUUUUGGAUAAAUUAUGAUGCUUCAUGUUUGGCUUCUCAAAGUGCAGGUAUGGUUUCGGUGAACCUCAAAAGGCAGCCAGAUUUCUGUGAUUUCAUACCCACAUUUGCUUUUCUUUAAAACUAAAAUUAGAAGUAAGAUAUGAUUUAAAUCUCCAGUCGGGGCCUACAUUAUCUUUUGUGCUCCCCUUAAAGUCGCUAUUGGAUUCAAAGUAAACAGUUAUUUUUUCAUAUUUUUGUAUCAGUGAAUUUACAUUAUUUGUAAUGUAUUUUCUAUUAUUAUGAAUCAGGUAUCAGGAUUUUGUCAGUUCAGAUGAAAGGCAAAUGAAAUCAUUCUAAAUAUGCCAUUAUGUAAAAUGCUUCUCUUUGUGUAGAUAAAUAGGGUCAUCCAAAAUUUAAGCUUGCCCAGUAUGUUGCCUAUUGCCCCUUGUACAAAUUUAUCAUGUACUUAAUGAUAAUUUCAAUAAUGAUACAGUGCUUUAAUAGAAACAUUUGUAUUAAGCCCUACAUAAGUAUGAAAUCACAAUCACCGAAAUAAACAUGAUUGCACAAAAGCCAAGAUCAAAAUUAACGGCCGGUCAGACCUAAAUGAUAACAAUGAUAGCAGUAAAUCGUUCCUAACUUGCUUUCCUGUUCUUUAUGUAGGAGAGGCAUUGAAAGUUAUUGUAGGUCAGACCUGAAUUGUUUAUGCUAAUGAACCUAAACACCCCCCUCUAUGAUUUUAAUCAUCUUGUUGGGAUUGCUCAGUGAUUCUCUAAUUAGGUCAGCCCUUAACAAUAAGAUCUGUGAGCCCAUCAUUGCACUUCUUUGAUGCACCUGUUAUAAUACGUUUGUGCAUUAUCUAUCCAUUUUGAUGGAAAGAAAAAGAUAGUGAAAAGAGGGUUAUUUUCUCAUCAUGAAAGUAAGCCUGUAUGAUGCGAGUAGUGUAUAUCUAGGGAGGGGGCAGGAUCUUGUUUAAAACAUGCCUGCCUGAAUAUCCUUUUAAGUAGGGAAAGUGGAUUAUAAAUGUAGUCCCAAUUACUAUCUUCUAGGCAAUGCCUGUUAAAAUCAAUUCAGUGAUAGUCAGACUCAGAUUCUAAUCUACAAGUUAAAUGUUGAGAUGGCAACAAAAUAAUUUGAUUUACCAGUAUCCAAAAUUUGACAUUGGAAAAGUGUAAAUAUCACUUUUUGCAUAGUUUGGUCAAAAAAAUGAUAAUUGGCUUGUGUGACUUUUAGAGAUAUGCAGAGUUAACUGUUCUCUGGGAUUUAUUGUAAGGUUUACUGUUGUCAAUACCUUGUCAAUACCUUGAACCGUUUUAUAACAAACGGUACACAUCUCAUGUUCAUAUGGAAAGAGAAUGUGAUGUAUAUAAUUAAACAACUUGGGAGGAUAUGCAUGUCUUGUAUAGUGUCAGUAGAAAUAAAAUAAAAAGAAAAAGAAAUCAAA